AUGCCUUAUGGGAAGUCCCGGAUCCCCUCAGCCCCCACCAUCAACUCGAACACUGUAAUUAUUCCUAAUGUCACAGCUGUUGGACAGUCAUUUAGAGAGAAGACAGCUGUGGUCAUGGCCCAGCUGAGACAACUACAGUCAGAAAUCGAACCUAUCGUCAAGAUGUUAGAAGAUCCAGAGACCACCAGUUUUGUCUUCAUGUGUCAGGUUCCUUCCACAGACCGGAAUGCUCUGAGCUCUUUGUUGGGAAAACUGGCAUCUGAGAUCCUCAUGCAGAACUGGAAGGCAGCCAUGGAGGACCUGACCCGCCUCAGAGAGACCAUAGACAACAAUUCAGUCAGUUCGCCCCUCCAGUCCCUGGAACAGAGGACGUGGCUCAUUCACUGGUCUCUGUUUGUUUUCUUCAAUCACCCAGAAGGUCGAGACAACAUCAUCGAUCUGUUCCUGUAUCAGCCUCAGAAUGUGGCACCUCAGAAGUCUUACACACACAAGGAUCAUAUCACUGAGUUUGUGGAAUGCCUGUAUGUUAACUUUGACUUUGACAGCGCUCAGAAAAAACCCGGAAGAGUCGGUAAGGUCCUAGUGAACGACUUUUUCCUGGUGGCGUGUCUGAAGGUUUUUAUUAAGAACGCUCACCUGUUCAUCUUCGAGACAUUUUGUCGGAUCCAUCAGUGCAUCAGCUUCAGCAUGCUGGCAGAUAAGCUGAACAUGACCCCCGAGGAGGCCGAGCGAUGGAUAGUAAACCUAAUUCGCAACGCGAGGCUGGACGCUAAAAUCGACCCCAAACUAGGGCAUGUGGUGAUGGGCAACAAUGCUGUGUCUCCGUACCAGCAGGUCAUCGAGAAGACUGAGAGCCUCUUUUUCCGCAGCCAGAUGCUCCCCAUGAACAUUGAGAUGAUGAGCCUCAGCAACAGAAAUGAGACACCAAACUGAGAUGCUCAGAACUCCAGCUUUUAUUAGUUCAGCAGGACAUCCUCAUCACUAUAACACUCAUCCAAGCAACAAACCUACCGUUUGAACAUAAUGUUUUAUUCAUUUUGGCCCGUUCACUGCCCAUUCUGAAAUUUCUAUCAGAAUUCAUUUAUACUACCUGUUUUAAAUUCAUUAGUUCCUCUUUCACACUAUUGUAUUCUAACAGCAACACUGUUGCCCCAGAUCACUGCCAGUCAGUAUUGGCGUGAAAUAAACACAUCCCAACAGUGUGUGAAUCGCUUCUAUAUUUACAUUUUUAUAUUGUAUUGAUUGUAUAGCAUGGUUUUUGAGUCCGCAAAUAAGUUUCAUGUUUCGGUUUUGUGUUUAUUACUAUUUCUUGCUACUGAAUGCUUUCCUCAGAUAGGACCAGAUUGUAUUAAGUUCAUUUAAUACUUUUUUUAAUACCAGCUCAAUUAAACAUUACAGCAAAAUGUAAAGAUUUUAAUAAAGUGGUAUUUAUUUUA